AUAAAAUAGUAAAAAUUAUUUGAAUAUCUGGUGUUUUUGCUGAACAUUGAUUAAUAUAGAUGUAAUUUAUUUUCAUUUGGCAAUUUCAUAAAUUUACAAACAGUCACAAUUUAUUUUCUUAGUUUAUUAAAAACAAUGCCAUUUGAAUGGUAUUGAACUGCAAUGGCUUAUUUCUGCAAAUAACUUUAGGUUAUGUUAAUUCCGAUGUCUUUCCCGUCAUAGGUAAUAUAAACCAUGGACCCUAACAUCUAUGCAUUGGUGCUUGAUACGCUCAACCGAGCCACUAGCCAGGACACUGAAGUUUUGAAACCUGCUGAGAAAAAACUUCAAGAAUGGGAGAUUGAGCCAGGAUUUUAUUCCGUUUUAUUGAACGUUCUGUCGAAUCAUUCAAUCGACGUGAAUGUGAGAUGGCUGGCUGUGAUGUGUUUCAAGAAUGGAGUCGAUCGUUACUGGCGUCGAAACGCUCCAAAUGCAAUACAGGAAGAGGAAAAACAAAAACUCCGGCAAGGACUUCUGACUACCCCAAUAUUGAGUGAACCAAUUGCUCAAAUUGCAACACAACAAGCUGUUUUGAUUUCCAAAAUUGCUAGAUUUGAUUGUCCUGCUCAUUGGCCUACUUUAUUACCGGAUUUGAUUGGAGCGAUGAAAGCGCCGCAGCCAUUGAUGCAGCAGAGGUCUUUGCUGAUCUUUCAUCACGUCGUGAAGGCUCUUGCCUCCAAGAGACUCCUUGAAGACAAACGGACAUUCCAGGAGUUAACCAUCUCAGUGUAUCCAUUCAUAUUAAAUCUCUGGCACGAAAACACGGAAUUAUUUCUUCGACACAUCCAAGAAGGAGCGGCGACUGAAUUAAUAACUGAGCAUUUGGAGAAAGCAUUACUUUGCUUAAGAAUAUUGAGAAAAUUAACAGUUUUUGGUUUUAAGAAACCACAUGAAAGUCAGGACGCCAUCGCCUUUCUCAAUGUUGUGUUUGACAGGGCUAAGACGAGUUUGGAAUGCAGAAAACUACUGAAAGGCCGUGGCAUAUAUCCUCUGGAACUAUGCGAGAAAUUUAUAAUACACCUAACAAAGGUUGCUUUAGGAGUCCUAUUUUUCCAUCCCUUUUCCUACGUUCCUCUCAUCCGACCUUCCUUAGAAUUCGCCUUGUAUUACUGUUUCACUGAACAAGGCAUGUCUCUAACGUACGAAAGAUUUACCAUACAGUGCCUUAACAUCGUCAAAGGGAUUUUACAAUGUGUGGAGUACAAGCUUCCUAAAGGAUCUGAACCUGUUAAGGAACCUUUGACGCUGCAGGGGCACCAGCAGAAGGGCGCCGUGCUGGCCGAGGGCGCGGUGUGCCACGUGUGCCGCACGCUGGUGGCGCGCUACUUCCCGCUCAGCGCCGACGACCUGGCGCUGUGGGACGCGGAGCCCGAGAGCUUCGCCACCGACGAGGCGGGCGAGUCGUGGAAGUACAGCCUGAGGCCAUGCACAGAAGCAGUCUUCAUGGAAUUAUUCCACGAAUAUCGCACCAUUCUUGCUCCGGAGCUCGUCCGCUUGCUCGCUUCGCUGCAAGAGAGCCAAGUGUCGCCCGAUGACCUGCCUGCCAUUUUGAAAAAGGACGCCAUUUACAACGCCGUCGGGCUGGCUGCAUUCGACUUGUAUGAUGACGUUGACUUUGACGAAUGGUUCACGAAUGUUUUAAGCCAAGAAAUUAAAAUAAAGGAUAAUAAUUAUAGAAUAAUCAGGAGAAGAGUGUGUCAGUUAAUUGGCCAGUGGUGCGGCGUGCGCGCGUCGCAGGCGCUGCGGCCGGCGAUGUACGCGGCGCUGCUGGAGCCGCUGGCGCGCGCGGGCGAGGACGCGGCGGUGAAGCUGGCGGCCGCGGAGGCGCUGCGCAGCACCAUCGACGACUUCAACUUCGACGUCGAGCAGUUCGCGCCCUACGCGCCGCACGCGCUCUCCGCGCUCUACGACCUGCUGGUGGAGUGCGAGGAGUGCGAGACGAAGAUGCACGUGCUGCACGUGGUGUCGUUCGUGACGGAGCGCUGCGGCUGGGUGGUGGCGCGCGGCGGUGGCGCGAGCGCGCUGUUCGCCGCGCUGCCGGCGCUGUGCACGCACGCGCAGCACCACCACAUGCUGCGCGCCGCCGCGCUCGCCGCGCUCGUGCACCUCGUCAAGGCGCUGGGCGAGUGCGCGCCGAACGUGCGCCCGUGGGUGUUGAACGUGGUGAACGAGUCGACGAAGUUGAGCGAGCCGGCGCACGUGUACCUGCUGGAGGACGCGCUGGAGCUGUGGCUGGCCAUCCUGGAGACCAGCGCCACCGCCGACCCCGCUCUCUUGCAGCUGGCUCACAACCUCUACCCCAUCCUGGAGCAAUCGACGGAGCAUCUGCGCAUCGUGGUAUAUAUAAUGCAGGCGUACGCACUCUUGUGCCCGGAGGAGUUUUUCCUAGACGCGGGUGGCAAGUGUAUGGCGUUGUUGGAUGAUAUGUUAAGCGAUAUGCGUACGGAGGGCGUCAUCACCGUGCUCAAGAUGGCGGAGAUAUGUGUCAGCGUCGCUUUUCCAGAGCAGAACGCUUUGCUGGGUGUACAGGUCGUAUGGCCUACACUGCUGAGGGUUGUUCACUGUCUCUUGGAUGGCGAUGACUUACCAAUGGUGCUGUCAGUGAAGCUCUGUCUUCUGUCUCGAGUGAUACUCUUGUCCACAGACCUGUUUUAUAAGGCGAUACAGGAAGCGUCCGUGGGUCUUGUGGAAUACGAUUCGGAUCCAGUUAAAGUUUUGAGUAGACUCCUACAAGUAUGGACCGAGAAAAUGAAUCUUGUGACGCAAGUUGAAAGGUGGAAAGUUGUUGGCUUGGGCCUUGCUGCGUUGCUGACAACUCAGAAUGCGACAGUACUAGAGGCCUUCCCCGCCAUUUUAUUAAAUUUAACAGAAGUUCUAAAUGAUGUCAUGAAAAUGGAGGAAUCUGGAAACUAUGUUGACGCGCUGGUGUCGCCGCCGGGCUCGCGGCCGGCGUCCCCGUUGGAGGGGCGCGGCGCGGCGGCGCGCUGGGGGCCGGCGGGCGGCGCGGGCGGCGCGGCGGACGGCGACGCGGCGCGCUCGGCGCACGAGGAGCGGCGCCGCCGGUUCGCGGCCGCGCACCCCGCGCGCUCGCUCGAUCUGCGCGCCGCUACGCAUCACCAGCUAGAAACACUAAAGAGUCAAGUCGGUCCAGAAACAUUCGAACGAUUGCUGCAGUCGACUGGCAAGGAGACACUUAAGCAAUUAAGAGAAUACAUACCGCUUUAG